AUGCACCGCAAAAAGGUGCAGGAGUUGUGCCGGAGAGGACAAUCGGGAUGGGCAGGGCCGCAUGUUUAUUCCUCGGCACGUAUGGAGCCUAAAAAUUGGUGCACGAUCAAGGCUUUACAGUGCGGUGGACAACGACAAGACUGGGGGAAUGCAAAAUCAGGCGGAAAUGCUCACCAACCACGUCAUGAAUAA